GCCGGUUAAUAUUACGUUUCUCACUCGAGGUGAAUUUUGCAAAUCAUGCGAAACUGAUGAGAACUAAUAUUUGGCCUCGCGAAAGAACUUGAAACGUGUAAACGUAGCCAUAGAGUUUUGAAAAUUCCACUGAAAUAUAUGAGCUCUUUGAUAGAACUCAAUAUAGAAUCUCAGCAUCCCUUACGUUCUUGCGGUCAGUGAUGAAAAAUUGUGAGUGAAUAGAAAAAAAAGAACAUUUUUUUAUAACUCUUGUGUCAGCCAAAUUCGGUACUUUCAUUUUAUUUCUACCAAGAACCAUAUUCAGAACCAUAUUCAGUCGGUACAACAGCUGUAAAUAAAAGUGUACUUUGAAAAAAUUUCUCCAAAUUUUAUAUACGGAUAUUUACAUAGGUACACACGUGUACCAUCAAAGAUCUCAGACACAUCCGAUCAGCCAAACAGGACGUAAGAAGCUGUACUAUAGGAACAAAUAACAAAGAAAGAAUUCGUAUUUCUUGUAAAUAGGAUGAGAAAGAGAUUAAAGGUGUACAUACAGUAAUAGAUGAAUGUGUUGGUGGAUGAAUCUAUUAUUUGCGAAUUCGCUAUUUGUUCGGGAAGGAUCGCAAUCCUCUUGAAGAUUAUUUUCAAUACGCGAAGGAAUCCAUAUGUGGGCCAAGGGAUGAGGCUGGAUAGUGGGAUGGGAAGAAUGAAAAAAAAUGAAGAAUGAACAGACGCAAAGAGGGUUAUAGAACGAAUCCGUGUAUUGAAAAGACGGAGGAAAAUAUAUUUGUUAGAAAAAAGUAAAAUGGAAAUUAACAGGCUCGGGGGGAGGAAAGUGGCGCAGAAGAAAAUUAUUUGUCAACGUUAAGUUAGGUUACCCAAGAAAGUACAUGCAGACACCGAUUACAACUGACGUUAGAGGUUAACGAUCCUGUCACAAAGUUUCGAUGAGAUUUUACAUCUGGAUCAUUUCAAAUAAUGAAGUAACAAACGUACCGUUAAUAAUGCCCUUUAUCAACGUACCGUUAAUAAUGUUAAUAAUUUCGAACAUUAAGUUUGAGAAUUAAAAAUAUUGUUACACGAAAUAACUGUUUAUUUGAUUCGGUCAUGAUUUAUUCAAGGCACAUUUCUUCGUGACUGACUUGAUCGGCCUUUUUAUUCUAAUGGAACGUAUAGGGAAAUUUGGUAGAGUUUAAAGAAACUUGUGAGCUAAUAUUUUCUCCGGAAGAUAUAUGUUAGCUAGAAUCACAGUACUGAUGGAGGGUUGAGGCAGACGAACACAGAAGAGUAACCAUCAAAGGUGGGCGAGGAGGGUUACCAUUUCAGAUCAGAGAGCAACUCUGCUCGCUGGUAUAUAAGCCCGUGAGAUUCACCUUCUGGCCAGACGCAGGCUCAUCCUUGAAGGCCUCCGUUAGGAAGUACUCCAGGGCAUCGGCAGCAACCCCAAUAAGAGAUAAACUGCAGGAUCGAGCUGGAUUGAGCUUUGGACGUGAAGUGUAAUUUUGCAUAUAGAUGGGACAGUAUGUUUUUGGAUGUUCAAAGAUGUUGGUUUAAACAUUGUGCAUGGGUGAUCAUGAACCGAAACGCGAAACAGACUCUGGUUCAGAUUGUGAUGCUGGUUGCUGUUUUUACAACGCUUAUGGAACUUGGUUCUGGUCAGGUUACAUUUUCAAAUGGAUGGAAGCCAGGGAAGCGCUCGUACGAUACCGGAAAUUGUCGACUCAGUUCGAAAUCCGUUAGAUCGAUUUGUCAGUUGCUCUUGACAGAACUGAAACAACUGGCAGUUUGCGAGGCCCGUGCUGUUCUUCGUUCUUUACAACCGGCAGAGGAUACCUUGUCAAAUCAGAUACUAUUUUCCGGUGGUCGAUAAAUGGACAAUCAGCAUAUAAAACGUGGACUAAAUAUUCAUGCAUAUAACGAAUAAUAUUUCGUCUGAAAUUAAUAAACGAAGUGUCAAACAAUAAAGAUUAGGGAUAAAUAUAUACGUCACUGAAAAUGAAGUUUUAAUUUUAAAAAUUGUUUUAACAAUUUUGAAGUUGCUAGAAUUGCCGCCUUUUUUAUAUCUGUCCUUCGUUUUGUCUUUUAAUCUUUUUUUCUUUCU